AAUUUUCUUCUUUUCUUGAUCCUCCUUUUUCUUUCGAACGAAUUUUCCUCUGUGAAAAAGGGGGCAAAUUUUUUUUUUUUUUUUGAUAAAGAAAGGUGAUGUCUUUCUUCUUCAACACAAGUAAUAAGAGUCAAAGAAUCUAAUUUUAGUAAUGGGAGUUUAGUCUACUCACUUAAAUAGUGUUUGGACAAUUUUCUUGGGUUUUCUGGUGGGGUGUUGUACUAAGUUGAGUUGACAAGUUUGUGUUUCUAGGGGUUUCCCAUUUCAAGAAUUGGAAUUUUGUCAAGAGGGGUUGUGUCUGUUUUGUUCAUUUUGACAUCAAAGUUGCCUACUUUUCACCUAAAGGGCUUUUCAAGAUUCAUUUGUGGGUCAAUAUUUUUUUGGGUUUUCUUGGUUUUUUUGUGUGUCUCGUACUAAGUUUAGGUUUGCCAAGUGUGUGUUUUGGAGGUUUCCAGUUUCAAGAAGUGGAAUUUCGGUAUAAGGGGUUGUCUUUUUUGCUUUGUUGGUAUAGUCUCGACAUCAAAUUUAUCUACUUUUACCUUCCUGCUUUCCAAUAUUCAUUCGUGGGUCUUCUUGAAUUGAGGAAAUCCAUUAAGAUACUUGAAAAUUAGUAAGUUUUCUGUGAUAUCAAGAAUUUCCUGUGGAGCUUAAAUCUCCACAGGAAGGUGCUUGUCUUUCCAAGGUCAUCUUGAUUUGUUCUCUGCAAAUUUUAGCUUCUCAAGAUUAGAACUUUGGUGUUCUCUUACUAGUUUUUCUAUUGUUUGGUUUUGGUUUUGGUUUCAUUUUGCUGAGUGUACAGAAGAAAAUCUAGGGAAGCCCUUACUGGGAGAAGAAUAAGGUUGAUGAAUUUAGUUUAAUUGGAAAUUUGGGGACUUGGGUCAAGAGGGUAUUCUAGAAUCUUGAGGCAUGUAUAUAUGUUAGAUCCAGACAUGUGCUAGAUCAUUUUUAUUAUUAUUUUAUUGGGGGCUUAUGUUAUCUGAGAAUAUAUAGUACUAGAGGCAGCUUAGUGCCAAUGAGAUCUCAUUCUUGGAACUUGGCUAAUUAGUCGACAGGUUGUUCUGCCUCCAUCUUAGUUGAGUUGAUAUUUCCAGAUAUUGAAGUUUUGCUUAGUGGAUGGACUGAAAGGAGGGAUUAAGAUGUUGGCAAUGUCAAGGUGGUUGUUUCUGGGACUGUUGAUUUCUUUGGUCAUUGUAUCCGUUGCAGCUAAUGAUAAUGAAUUCUUCAAUUGCUGCGAUGAAGAUGGUUUUUGGAGUGUACAUACCAUUUUAGAUUGCCAGAAAGUGAGUGACUUCUUUAUUGCUGUUGCUUACUUUUCUAUCCCUCUUGAGUUGCUUUACUUCAUUAGUCGCUCGGAUCUUCCUUUCAAAUGGGUUCUGGUCCAGUUCAUUGCCUUUAUAGUGCUUUGUGGAAUGACACAUUUGCUCAAUGCAUGGACAUACAAUCCUCAUCCUUCUUUCCAAUUGAUAUUGUCCCUAACAGUUGCCAAAAUCCUUACUGCCCUUGUAUCUUGUGCGACGGCAAUCACCCUUUUGACUCUGUUCCCUAUGCUACUAAAGAUAAAGGUUAGAGAACUGUUCUUGGCGCAGAAUGUUUUGGAGCUAGGUCAAGAGGUUGGGAUGAUGAAGAAGCAAACAGAGGCUAGCAUGCACGUCCGGAUGUUGACACAAGAAAUUAGAAAGUACCUUGAUAAGCACACAAUAUUAUACACUACUCUGGUUGAACUUUCGAAAACCUUGAAGUUACAAAACUGUGCUGUUUGGAUGCCAAAUGAAAGUAGGUCACAGAUGAACUUAACACAUGAAUUAAGCCCCAGUUCUGCUGCAGAAAGUCAUCGUUCGCUCCCAAUUAAUGAUCCAGAUGUAUUGGAGAUAACAAAGAACAAGGGGGUAAGGAUUCUGAGGGAAAAUUCAGUUCUUGCAGCUUCGAGCAGUGGAGGAUCUGGUGAACCAUGUUCUGUUGCUGCAAUUCGGAUGCCAUUGCUUCGUGCUUCGGACUUCAAAGGUGGGACUCCAGAGUUGGUUGACACUCGUUAUGCCAUUUUAGUUUUGGUUCUUUCAAGUGCUGAUGAUAGAGUCUGGAGCUUUGGUGAGAUGGAUAUAGUGGAAGUAGUUGCUGAUCAGGUGGCUGUGGCUUUAUCCCAUGCCACUGUUCUUGAAGAGUCUCAGACGAUGAGGGAGAAACUAGAAAUGAGAAAUCGUGUGCUUCAACAGGCUAAAGAGAAUGCUAUGAAGGCAAGCCAAGCAAGAACUUCAUUUCAGAAGGUGAUGAACAAUGGAAUGAGGCGGCCUAUGCACUCAAUUUUGGGUUUGCUCUCCAUAUUUCAGGAUGAGAAAUCUAGUGCAGACCAGAAGAUUAUUGUUGACACGAUGGUGAAAACAAGUACGGUUCUCUCAACACUGAUAAAUGAUGCGAUGGAGAUAUCUGCGAAAGAUGAUGGAAGGUUUCCGGUAGAAAUAAGGCCCUUUCAGUUGCAUUUAUUAGUAAGGGAGGCUUCUUGUCUUGUUAAAUGCUUGUGCGUCUAUAAGGGAUUUGGGUUUUCUACAGAUGUUCCCUCUUCUUUGCCUAAUCAGGUGAUGGGCGACGAAAAGAGAACAUUUCAGGUUUUGUUACAUAUGAUAGGACAUUUAUUAAAUGUCAGCAUUGGAAAGGGCUCUGUUAUAUUCAGAGUGGUUCUAGAGACUGGAGCUGAGGGUGGGAAUGACAAAGUUUGGGGAACAAGACGACCAAGCACCACAGAUGAAUAUGUGACUGUCAAAUUUGAAAUUGAGGUUAGUCUUGAAGGAUCUCAGUCAGAUAGCUCAAUCUCCACUAUUCACUUUGGUGGAAGAAGACACAACAGCAAGGAAGUAACGGAGGGGUUGAGUUUCAGCAUGUGCAAAAAGCUUGUCCAGAUGAUGCAGGGAAAUAUAUGGAUGUCCUCAAACGCCCAGGGCCAUGCGCAAGGGAUGACACUCAUUCUCAGAUUUCAAAAGCAGUCAUCUUUUAGGAAACGCAUGUUUGAAUACAGAAAUCCUUUGGAGCAACCAAUUUCCAGCACAAUGUUCAGAGGCCUUCAUGUACUCGUUGCUGAUGAUGAUGAUGUAAAUAGACUGGUAACCAGAAAGCUGCUCGAAAAACUAGGUUGCCAAGUAACUGCUGUUUCAACCGGUUUCCAAUGCCUGAGUGCUUUAGGUCCUUCACUAACAACCUUUCAAGUUGUCAUCUUGGAUCUUCAAAUGCCAGAAAUGGAUGGAUUUGAAGUGGCGUUGAGGGUGCGUAAGUUCCGCAGCCGUAGUUGGCCAUUGAUCAUAGCACUGACUGCUAGUUCAGAGGAACAAGUAUGUGAGAGAUGCCUACAGGUGGGAAUGAAUGGUCUAAUAAGGAAACCUGUUCUCCUACAAGGCUUAGCCGAUGAACUUCAACGACUCCUUCAAAGGGGUGGUGGUGAUGGCUUGUUGUGAGGUGUCGUACUAAUGGUGAAAAACAAACUUCAAAAGGUUCAUGGAAGAACAUGAGGAGGCCUUAAUAUAUCAUAUACCCAUAUAGAGAUAGCUUUACAUCUUUGUUAGCGGAAACCAGCUUCAUCCUAACCAUGUAGCUACCGCUAGUUUCCAUUAUGUAACUAUAUAGGUCUGCUUGCAAUUCAGUUCUCUUGGCUUAUGUUGAGUGAAAUAUGUCGAGAUACUGGUAUUGGUUCCAUCAUUUUUUCCCUAGAAACAGGAAGAAUGUUACUGAUUUGAAGAGAGACAUUUAAUACCUGCAAGCUAAUACUUACUCCUUGCACAUGAUCUCAA